CAUUGAACUAGUCAUUCAGUGUUUACAUUUUAAAGGGCACUUGGAGCUGGGACAGGUCACCUAUAUCAUGGUUGUCACAGUUACAUCUCUUUCUCAAGCUUCAAAGGUGUAGAAAGGUGUGGUGAGAGGUAUGCAGAUUAUCCUGUAAGCUGCAAAUAGAAUAUGGCAGAAAUUGAUGAAGACUCGACAAAUAUUUAAAAAAUAUAGAAAGUGAGAGAAAAAAGGAAGAUCAUAAAGACAUGGAGGAAGGUGAGACAGAACCCAGGGAUUUAGAUAAAAAGUUCCAAAUGAAGGAAGUCAAGGAAAGCUUCGAUUGGAGGAUGAGAACUCAAAGGGAGAUGUAAAUAAUGAGAGUAACGUUAAAAUAAAUGAACUGGGGUUAGCUGAGGACGAAGAACCAUUGGAUUUAAGUGAAGAGUUAUGCUCUGAAAAUAUUUGUAAUAGAAGUAAAGAAGGUCCUUCAGGAAAGUCAAUGAUUUGUGAUAAAAAGCUGAGACUUUUAUCAAAAAGAUUCAGAGAAAGUUCACCUAAAACAUCUCUCAGUAAAAAAUGUGAAGAGAGAGCUAAACAUAAGAUUACAAGAGAUACUGAACAGAACAUUUCAGUAGAAGUGACAAAAGAAAUAUCCAAGUCAAGUGUUGAGAAAACAAAGUCUGACAAGAAUAAAGAUGACAGUGUCUCGAGGUGUGGCAGUAAGUGUGAAAUUUCAAAGGUUACUGUAAAGACUGGUAGUGAGAUAUUGUAGUGUGCAGAGACCACCUGAAUGUAAACCUGCAAGCAUAAGCACUACAUCUUCGCCUCAAGAUGGUGGAAGUGAUGAUGAUUGUGAAGACAAAGACCAUGAUACAAAAACUGAAGGGGAGGACGAGGAUUCUGAAGAUUUGCCACCAUUGCGGAUUAGGAGGGAAACCACUGAGACAGAAUUUGAGGACUCAGAUCGAGAAGAUUUUCCUACUGAAGGAUUACUCAAGGAACUACAUUUUCUUAAUGCAAGCUGCGAGAGACCAUCUUUUAAAAAGAAUGCUGCACAGCAUACUCACAAAACGCCAAAGAAACAAAGAAAAUUAGACUUUGGCUCUCAAGUAAUAAACGCGAGUGCAUCCAGCACUCCAGGAAAAAGCUCACGCAAGAAGACCUCACCAAGAAAGAGGAGUAGAUGUAAUGCUUCAUCUCCUGAUAAACAAUGUCAGCAGAAAGUGGAUUCUGGAACUAAAAGGAUAAAGUUUCACAAGUCAUCAGCAAAAGAAGCUUAUAGCACCAAUCAACUAUAUUCAGAAACUAGUGAUGAAGAGCCGGAUGGUCUCACUAUUGUAGCUCAAGAAGAGAAGCCAAAAAAGAGAAAAGGGAUGGUAUCUCCAGCCAAAACAAAGAAAAAAGCACGUGGCGAAGGUGAAGGAGAUGUACCACAGGAAGUCAUAGAGCUGAUCAAAUCUGGCGUUGAUGAAGUCUUUGAAGAGAAGGCAGAGCGGACACACCUUACAGCCAUCCAUGUGAAAAAUAUCAUUAAGAACGUGAUGACAGAUGAGAAUGUGUUGGCUAUGGUUCGUAACUCGGUCUUGAGUAUACAUGGUAAAGGCGCUGAAACGCCUGCUGUAUAUGAGCCAACUCUGACAAGGGCUAAAACAAAGGAACUUAUGGAACAGCAAGCAGCAGGAGUUGGCAGUGGAAAUAUUUGGGCAGGUCUCUCAAACAGCAGUGCUGGUGGUAGCACUCUCCUUAAUCCUGAGACGCGUGCACUUGUGACAACAGAUUUCCCUGAUGAAGAUGAGGAUGAAGAAUACAGACCUGAUGCUGAUGAACACUUGCACAGUGAUGAUGAGAGCUUAGUGUCUACUGGAUUUGGUAGUGAGAAUGGAUCACCUACAACCCCAUGCACUCCCUCAACCUCUCGUAUGUCAUCAAAUCCCGGGUCGCGUCAGUCUCUCAACACACCACUGUCUUCCAGGAGUACCCCAGCGAAUCAAAGAUUAUUGGCCUUCAAAACUCCAAGUGUCCAGAAGAAGAAUGUUCAAAGGAUACUAAAUUUUGAUAAAGAACCACCAAAAGAGGAGGUUGUGAGUCAGAGAACGCGAUCAAAGUUGCCAUUGACAGAAACUCCUCUAGAGUGCUUAGAAAUGGCAUUCAAACCUCCUGAUGUGACGAAGGACAUGUACGAAACUGAGGUUGAUAAUGAAGACUGGAAGAGUUUCCUCAUCGACUUCAUUCAUCCUCUAAAGAGUACGGAAGUAGUGGAGGAUGAAGAGGCUGACCCUGAAUACAACAUCUUGGAGGAUAAAGAGGAUGCAUUAGAUCUGAAAGAAGAAAUGCGGGGUGAUCGAGCCGUUCAGAUUUCCAAGAAGGAAUUUAAUGAGCUCUUGACAGAGCUCUUUGAAACCUUAGGUAACAGUGAAGGAAUUGAGUCUCUUCGAAUGCAUCUUUCUCAAAACACUGGUCAAAAAGAAGGAAAGAAAUCCCAGUUCAAAGAAUCGGAAGCAUGCCAACCGAGUGAAAAUAAGGAGGAGGAUUCAUCUCCCGGAACCAUCUGGGUAGAAAUUUUGAUAGCAGAGUUUUCCACGACCCAACUAAAAAUUCUACAAUGUCAGAUGGUUCAACACGUCCAGUUACUGACUACAUCUUCACUCAUGUGCUUUGGCAUCUCAUCUCUUGGCAACAUGGCUGAAGACUGUAUACAGCACCUAGAAGAACUAGAGAGGAAUGCAGAUGCAAGCGACUUCAAGAACACAUUCUUCCGUCCAUUCAACCUAAAGCCAUCUUUAGAAACUUUCAGGAAUUUCAAGAGAAUAUCUUCAAAAGACCUUUCUAGUGAGGCACAACCAAAGAGUUCAACAUCAGAUGUGAAUCCAUUAGUUGUUAAAACAAUAAUGGAAUCAUCAGCUUUUCCAUACCCACAUCUGCUCCCAACACGUACGUUUCAGGGGCCAAAUGCACGUCGAUGCAACAAAGCAAAUUUUGUAUCAACUGAGGAUAUACUGAUUACUAUAGGCCUGCAACAAUACUUGGAUCCUAAAUAUUGGUAUGAUACGUGUAGGAAGGUCCAGUACCGACAAUUGUUAGAGGCCCUUGAUCAAACAGUCAAGAGCAUUUUAGUGUCAAAGACAUUAAGUCAAGCUACCAAUAGGGUCAAAAAUAUCCGAAGCCGAGCCAAUGAUGCUCCAAAUAAUCCAGUAUUGAAAUUCCUUGAAACUGGCAAAUUGGAUCUUCCCCCAGCAGAAGUAGAGACAUUACUACCUUGUGUACCCUGUUCUGUUCAAGACUUCCCAGAGACAUCUUUGCCAAACCCCUUCCAAAAACAGGUGAAAAAAAGAAAUGCAUCUCUCAGAAAAACCCUGCAAGAUGUAGCUUCAAAGGCACUAUUAGCUUGUGAGGCAGAAAAAAAAGAAGCAAUCUAUAGGGGUGCCGGGUCACGAAAAAAACUGACGCAGAAUAUUUUGAUCGUUCAGUCAUCUGGUGGAAGUAAUCAGCUUCUUAUACCACCUCAGGCAUCAGAAUCACUCAAGUCAAGUGUUGUUCACCAGUCUCCUGCAGGCAGUGUCUCAAAAUUAAGUCUUGGCAGGAUGCCAGAUAUGCCAUCACCAAGUUGCAGUGAACAAAUUGGUAAAAAUAAUCAGUCUUGUUCUUUUGGUAAUCUUUCUACUGCACCAGACACUCGUAGUAAUCAGUCUUCUCAUGGGAAUAUCUUAUUUGGGAAAACUGGAAAUACUGUGGCAUCUUCUUUAGUGUCGUAUAGUGACGGAAUACUAGGUGGAGUGUCUGUGGAUUGUUGUCGAGAAGUAGCAAGAACUGGGGAUGAUGUUGGAAAAGUGAGCUCUUCAUCUCCCCGCACAACUUUAGAAUUGAACUGCCAGUCAUCACGUGUAGAACUGAAAGAGAAAACUAAUGUGAAGGAGAGCAGCUCAGGGUGUGCUAUAAGUGAUACUCCAGAUGAUAACCACGAGGAAGUACGUGAUGGAGAAAUAAUGGACGAUACUGGUUGUGAUGAUGGUAUAGCAAGUGAUACAGAUUCUUUACCUGACCUAAAUAAAGAAUCUAACCAAAAUGAGCCUGAAGGUGAAGUUAGAGAGACUAUUGAGAAGCAGGAUGUUGAUCCAGCAGUUGAUAUAAUGCAAAAUGAAAUCGACAUGAGCAUCCUACCUAGAACCCCCCAGAAGUUACAUUCCAGUAUAUCACCUAGCAACUUAUCUUUCCUUGACAUGCCUUCUCUUCUGACCUCUGUACAUAAGUCUGACCGUAGUGAUUCAUCAAGUGUUUCCUUUAAUCUGUCACCACUUCAUACUCCAUCUCCACACAAAUCUCUUAACACACCUGUGAAAGCAAUAGAAAUUAAGCAAACAGAUCUCUUGCCUGUGUUUGAAAAGGAAGAGAGGAACUCAAGCCAUAUUUCCACCUUUUCUAAAAAUCCCUUGGAUUCAGUAGCAGUGUGUACAUCUACCGCACCAGUAGUGUUACCAACUGCUACAGAUGGUUCAUGUGAGCCAAGUGUUCAAGUAUGUUCAACAGAGCUGACUAAAGGAACAAGGCACAACAAGCAGAAGGUGACUCAGAAUAUUAAUGAUAAUUGUAAAACCAAGUCUUUAGAGAAAAGUAAUACAAGUGACCCAGAUGUUCAGCUACAGAAUCCAUGUGGGACAACAGAAAACUUAUCACAAAUGAACACAGCAUCACAGAACCCAGCUAACCAAAGCAACAGUGUAACAUUAGUGACUUCAGUUUACCAAAGUCCUAUUAGCUCUUCUGGUGUUGGUGAAGCAAGUCCAAUAGAUUCACUAAAUAUCUCUCUACAAAAAACAAAGCCAUCAUACCGAAGGAUUUCACCUGCAAAGGGUUUCAGGUCACCCAUGAAAACAUCACCUCUAAAACAAGUUUCGCCCAUUCUACGCAAAUAUCACAAAUAUUCCCCAAAGAAGAGACGCCCGGUGUCAACCAAGAAACUUUCUCCAAUUCUGCCCAAAAUAUCACGUCGGCCAAACCCUUUACAGAGAAGAUUGGCACCUAAACCAUCCAAGUCUUCAUCAACAGUGCAAGAUGGUGUGAGAGGAAGACAUUCUAGAAGAACUACACGAACAGAAAGUUUUCUUCAUGGAAAUAAAGAAACAGGUGAUGGAGAUCUUUUACAAAUGGAGGACGAACUCAUGGAGACUAACACUUCCAUUGACUCUACCCGUAACCUCUCUCAGCCUGGCACAGUUCAUCAGUCUGAGGAAGAGUUUGAAGGAUAUUCACUGGAAGAUGAGGAUGAAGAGGAUGAAGAUGAGGAGGAUGAGGAUGAAGAGGAGGAAGAAGAAGAGGAUUUGGAGGCUGCACAGCAAAGAGAGGAGCAUCUGGCAGCCCUAUUGAAGGCUUCAUCUACCAUAGCCUUGAGAAGAGGCGGUGGUGGAGAUGGAUUUGAUAAAAGACUGAAUGGUGUAGGAGAUGUGGCUCAAGGAGAGAGAAGACUAACAAAACAACAAAGAAGACUUCAGGCACGCAUUAGUGCCCUUUCUUAUUCACCAGAUACUGUGAGCCAAGACAAAUUCAUGGCUCAAAGUUUCCUGAUGCGAGUUAGAGAGGCAUUAGUGGUGAAAGAUCCUUCAGCGUUUAAGGAAUUCUUGUGUAUACUCAAUGAGUUUAUAGAGACCCCUUCCAGGAGUCCACUUCAACUGUAUUAUCAGCUGUCUGAGGUUUUAAAAGACUAUCAACAUCUCACUGAGGAAUUUGUGUCCUUCCUUCUUCCUCAGCAAGCAAUGGCAAUUGGCAAAUAUCCUCAAUAUUGUGCUAUUCACAGGAUGAGGGACUUCCUUGAAAAAUUAGAGUUGCAAUUCUGCAAACAACCAAAAUAUAUUCAAAAAAUUAUCCGGCUUCUCCAGUCCAUGCAGAAUUCAUCUGAUGUGAAUAUUGAAGAGGUGAAAGCUGCCAUGACGCCCCUCCUCAAGUAUCCUCACUUAGUGGAAUGCUUUAUUCAGUGUUUCCCCUCACAACCUCCAGCUCCAAGCUUACCAAGUGAUUUUGAAGACAUAUCAAUAGACCAUCCAGGAACUCCUGACAGUAUGGAGAGUUUGGUUUUACCAGAUGAUGAUAACACCCCCCCAAAUCACUGCAUGUGUCCAUGUCAUAUUCCAGCCUCCGGCUCACCAAACAGUAACACAGGGACCCAGCAAACUCUACCCAAUUCUGGACGCAUGGAUCACUGUAGUUCAUGUGCACUAAGGUUUUCAGAAGGUCGGAUAUAUCUUCAGUGUGGUAAAACACUCCGCCCUGCCAAAGUAACGUACCAAACACCAAAUGUUAAGAAGGAGGAAUUUGAUGACAAAAAUACUCACAAUCAAGCAAAUGGAGGUAAUGGUCAGACUGCAACGGACUUGAGUGAAACAUCCACCAAGAGCAAAAGUUUAGGAAAAGGGAAGCUUUCGCAAGCCAAAGACCCAAGUGAAAACGUACCCAUGAGAAACAAAGAAAAUGCAAAUAAAGUGGCGUCUGGGGGCAACCCAAACAGUACAAUGCAUGGGACUGCGUUAAAGAGUAGAACAGUAGUGUCAUGUGAAGAGAAGUCUGCCAAAGAAGAUACAGGUGUUCAAGUUGAGAAUGUAGAUGGUGUUAUCAGAGGCAGAGGUGAUAAUGUGGACACUGCCAAGGAUACUUCUAAUAGCAGAAAUCAUGAAACCAUAUGUGGUAAAAAUGAAAGCGUAUCGGAUGGAAAAAUAUCUUAUACAAAGAAAACCUGUGCGAAUAAAGGUCACGAGAGGUUAGAGGGUAACACAAGCGUUGAAGCUUUCGUUAGGUGUGCCAGUCACUGUAAAUCAGGCUUCCCUCAAAGUGGUGUAAAGGCUAGUGCUGGUGGUAGUGUUGAAAAUUCAAGCAUCUCUCUCAGGAACAAAAAUUCAUCAGGGCUUCCUUAUUCCUCUCCAAAAGAAGUUUACAAUGACAGUUCCAUCGCACCUUCUUGCUCAAAUAUAAACUCUUUUCGUAUUUUCGGUACAAUGAAUGAACUUGGUCAGAAAGUGAGCGUGUUAGAUGAGCGAGAGAAACCCAGUGCUGGUGCUGUCAUUAUCACAGACAAGUUUGAGUUGCAGAAGGAGUAUAAAGCAACCAUUUGCCAUGUACCACUCACAGCACUUCAUACUAAAACAGUGGAAACUCGGGAAAGCUCAAAUGCAGAAAAAUCAUUAAAUGAAGAACUGUCCGCAAAUAGUAAUGUAGAUAAUCAGAAUGCUGGUGGCGCAUCCCAAAUUUAUUUCUCACAUUGCAGCUCUGUAAAAAGCUCAAAAACAGCCACAGAAAGAGACUCACAAACACCAGAAAGCUUAUCAAGUGUAUCCUCAUCAUCACAUAAUCAAUUUUCCAGAAAACAUUCUAGAGUUGAAACAAAAAGGCGAAUGAAAAAUAUAACGGAAGAUUUGGAUAUCUCGCCAAUAAAGUCAUCAUCAUCAUCUUCGGCGAGUUUGUUAAAUGAUCCAUUUUCAUCUGUAACUCCUUCAUCUUUGAAAUAUGUCGGCUGGACCAAGGAUGAGGAUCGAAUGAUCCUGACACUGGUACAGCAGAAGGGUGCAACUGAUGCUGUCUUUCAAGAAAUAGCUGAUGCUCUUCCUUCAAGAGAGUAUCAUGAGGUAUUGGAACGCUUCAAUAUCUUGGUGAGGCUGAUGAUGGAGGAAACAGAUGUUGAAGACACCUUGUCCAUCAGUAGCGAAGACAGUAUGAUCUAGUAGUCAGAGGCAGUGGUACAAAGAGAGUGGAGUUAUAUACAGUAUAUUUUAUAUUACAAAAUAUUUCCAUUAAAGUUUUCCAUUUGGA